CUUCAUCAUCAUCAUCCUAUUGAUAAUCAUGAUGAUGAUGAUGAUGAUGAAGGUGAUUUAUAUGAUUCAAAAAAACGUUUCAAUUCAUUAGAACCACAUCAACGGCGGCGACGACGGCAACAAUUGCCAAAAAUAACACGUAUUAUCAAUGGUCAAUCUUCAGUUAUUGAAUCAUCAUCAUCAUCAAUUAAUGUUAAAUUAAUAGCACCAGAUAUUAAUUAUUAUAAUCAUAUCGAACAGACAAUCAUGGAACGUAUGCGUGAAAUACAACGUGAACAUCAUCAACGUUCAUUACAGCAAUUAUUAUUGGCUAAACAACAACAACAACAACAGCAACCAGCAGUGGAUAUUGAUAAAAAAGUGGACAAUGUUUAUGAUACAGUUGCCGAUGUAAUAAUGACGACGAAUAAAUCCCAUAUUGUGGAUAGUAGUAGUAGUGGUUAUUAUAAUCGUCCAAUUGAUUUGCCUGAAGUUUCAAAUCAUUCAAAUCUAGAUAUGCAAAGACAAGAUAUUGAACAAUGGCUUGAUUCAAUGGAACAACGUUUAGCCAAUAUUAGUGUUAAUAAUAAUAAUCAACAAUCAAAUGGACAAAAUAAUGGUAAUAAAACAUCGAUUAUUGAAUCAAAAGAUUUUAAAUCACAAUUAUCCAUUUUAUCGGAUUAUGAAAGUGAAUGUAAUCAAUAUAGUUGUCGAUUACAAACAUUAUGUAAUUCGAUCGAUGCUCGUAUAGCAUCAUUAACACCAUUAAAAUUGAAUGAAAAAGGUCAACCACAACAACAACAACAACAACAACAACAAUCAUCAUCAUCAUCAUCAACAUCGACACCGACAACAGCAUUGAUUAAUAGUAAUAACAUAUCGAUGCCCUAUUAUGAGCAUUUGAUCAAACUUCGUAAACAAGCUAGUGAUAUGCAAUGUCGUAGUAAUUAUCUAUAUUUAUGUAUUAAAUGUAAAACACGAAGUCUAAAUGAAUUAUUAUCAUUAACAUCGUCUUCCUCGAAUCGUAAUCUUUUAAUGUCAAUGGUGAAUGGUGGUUCAUCAUCCGGUACCGAAUUAGAUAAUUACGGUACACAAUCAUCGAAAAAGUCUUCCAAAUCAAUUUCAUCAAUUAAAUCAUCAUCGAUUACCGGUGGUGGUAGUGUUAGUGGUGGUCAAAUGACCACCAAUAAUACAUUAUUAUCAAAUGAUAUGGCAACAACAGCCACAUCACAACAACAAAUGAUGAAUCAAUCAUCAUCAGCAAAUAAUAAUUAUAGCCUUCAUGAACAAUCAGAAAAACGAUUCAAUAAAUGGUUGGCUGAAAUGGAACAAUCAUUGGAUUUUAUUGAAAAAGGAUUAGCAGCUGAAAGUGCACUUAUCAAUAUUAAUCAGGAUGGAUCAAUAACAAAUUUCAAUACAGAUGAUACAGCUCUUUAUAGUAAUGUUUCGGAAAUGCAACAGAUGCAUAUGAAUUAUUAUGAAAAGAUUAAGAUAAUACAAAGAGAGAUUGAACAAAAACGAACUGAUCAUCGAUUAUUGAUGGAACUAUUGGAGAAUCUUCCUACAAAUGAUUCAAAAAUAUCAGCAACAACAACAGCAUCAUCAUCAUCAUCGAUUGGUAAUCGGCAACAACAACAACAACAAUCGAUUGAUCCAUGGUUAAUACGAUUUCGUAAUCGUGUUGAACAAACAAAUAGCCGUUGGAAUAGUGUUAGACUUCGUGUAUUAACAUUACGUUCACGAUUAGAAUCAAGUUCAUUUGUUAGUAAAUCAACGACAACUACAUGUCCGGUACCUGUUAGUCAUUCAACAGCAUCAUUAUAUUCGGUUAUUCAAAAUAAUAACGUUAUUACUGGUGGUGGUAUUCAUAAUAACGAUAAUGAAUCAAUAAUGGCUACAAAUACGGCCAAUAUUGCUUAUAAUGUUGUUAUUAAUGAACGUGCAACACAAUUGGUUUUAUCAUUACGUGAAUUAACCGAAUGGAUCAUUAAAAGACAAAUGGAAUUUCAACAGAAACAACAAAUAUCACAUUAUUCUGAUGGUGGUGAUGUAGUAGUAGCUAGAGAAUCAAAAGAAAAUGUACCAUUAGAUAUUGCAAAUGUUUUGCAACAAAAAUCAUCAUUACUACAACUUCGAAAUCAAUUAAUAGAAAAACGACCAAUUAUUGAUAGUAGUCUAUUAUCAUGUCAUAAUUUUCUUCGUCGUCUUGGUGUUAAAAGAGCACAUGAUGUACAACGAUUUGGUGGCAAUGCUCGUAUGUCAGCAUCAGCAUCGAUGGCAUCAUCGAUUGCCGGUUCAUCAAUUAUCAAUAAUGAUCAACAACAACAACAACGUCGACAACAACAAAAUGGACAACAGAUUGAAAAAUUAGAAAUAUCAUUGAAUCGUGAAAUGAACAAAUUAUUAGAAUUAUGGCAUUCAGUGCAAAGUACUGUUGAUCUUGGUUUACAACGUUUGGAUGAAGCACAUCUGCGAUUAACUGAUCUACAACGUGUUAUGGAUGAUUUAGCCGCUAAAUUACAUGAAGCUGAAAUGGUCAAAUCAAAAUGGACACCAAUAUCGAAUAUAACAUUCGACGAUUUACCUCAACAAAGAUCUCAAUUGAAGACAUACAAUCAGAUGUAUGUAGCACCGGUAUCUCGUGAUGUGAUUCAUGUGAAUGAAAUUGCUGCUCGUUUAACUGGCCGUAAUGUACCGUUAUCACAUGGUAAUCUUAAAUCAUUAGAAGAAGUAACUACACGUGCCCGUCUAUUACGUGUGGCCAUUGAUGAACGAUCACGUGAAUUGGAUCAAAUUCAACAUGAUCAUGGUACGGCCCAACAACAUUUUCUUACCGAAGCUGUCGAUGAACCUUGGGAACGUGCUGUCACUAAUAAUAAACUGCCUUGCUACAUCAACCGCCAAACUGAAACUGUACAUCUUUUUUCACCACGUUAUACAGAAAUUAUUGAUUCAAUGAAUGAAUAUAAUGAAGUACGUUAUGCUGCAUAUCGUACAGCAAUGAAAUUAAGACGAUUACAAAUACAACUUGGUCUUAAUAAUGUUAAUUUAAAUAAUCUUGCCAAUGCAUUUGAACAACAUGGUGUCGGUCCUAAUGGUGGUGGUGGUGGUGGUAAAAAUAAAUCUACGAUGAUGAAAAAUGAUAAAUCCACCACUAAUUCCAAUGAUUCAUCUGCUAAUAAUAAUAAUGAUAACAACGCUAAAAACAACAAACAAGAAUCAACAACAACCAAUAACCAUGAAGAUGGUAUUAAUGAUGAAUUACCAUAUGAACUUCGAUUGAUUGCUGUACCAGAUAUUGUAUCCUGUUUGAAACAAAUAUUUGAAACAGCUGAAAUGGAACGACAACAACAACAUAAUAAACAGGAACGAACAUCAUCAAGUAACAAAAAACAGCAACAAUCAUCAGCAACAAAAGAUAAAGAAAAUAGCAAAACAAUGGCCAAUAAUAAUAAUGAUGAUCAUUCCAAAUCAUCAUUAUCAACAUCAACAUCGUCAUCAUCAUCAGCGGCCAUUAAUGUGCCUCUUUGUGUUGAUUUAUGUCUCAAUUGGCUACUAGAUCUUUAUGAUGCGCCUUCACGUGCCGGUUUUAUACGACAAUUUUCAUUCCAAGUUGCCCUGGUACUUUUGUCACACAUAUCAUUGGAACAGAAAUAUAUUUAUUUAUUCAAUUUGAUUGCCGAUGAAAAUCAACGUGCCGAUGAACGACGUUUCGGUCUGUUAAUCUAUGAUUGUCUUCGUUUACCAAAAUUAUUGGGCGAAGUGGCCGCAUUUGGUGGCACAAAUGUUGAACCAAGUGUUCGUAGUUGUUUAGAGAUGGCAUCGGCAUCUGGUUUACGGCCACCGAAUGGUUCCGGUAUCACUGUAGAUCAGGUAUUGGCAUGGAUACGUGCUGAACCACAAUCAUUAGUAUGGUUAGUUGUAUUACAUCGAUUACGAUUGGCUGAAAGUAGUCGCCAUCCAGCUAAAUGUAAUAGCUGUCGACAAUAUCCAAUUCAAGGUUUUCGUUAUCGUUGCCUAAAAUGUUUUAACUUUGAUCUAUGUCAGUAUUGUUUUCUAUCCGUCAAUUCGGUUAAAAAACAUAAACCAUCACAUCCAAUGCAAGAGUAUUGUGUAGCCACUACGUCAAAAGAAGAUAUGCGGGAUUUUAGUAAAAUUCUUCGAAAUAAAUUCAAAUCUGGCCGUUAUUUUAAACGCCAUCAAGCAUUAGGUUAUCUACCUGUACAAUCAUUACAUGAAGGUGAUCGAUUAGUGGCUGAAGAAUCGGCACCAUCAUUUGUUCAUACAUUACAUGGAUCAUAUUCACAUGCACCAUCAUCAAAUACAACACCGGUUCAUACGUUGUCCUAUCCACAACGAGCUGCUAGUCCUGGUUCUAUGACCACUAAAAGAGAUUUAGAUUUUAUGGUUGAUUCACGUUUUGUUCAAAAUAAUAAUAAUUCACUUCAUCAACAACAACAACAACAACAACAUCAUUACACACCAAUUCGACCUGGUCCAUUACCGCCAUUACCGGUGAAUACGAACAACACUGUUGUUGGUAUCUAUGGUACACGGCCAAUUCAUCAACAAAAAUUACAACAGUUAACACCACGAAAACAGUUGCAAACAUCUGCGGAACAUCAUCAUCAUCAAUUAAUGGCCGCUAAUCAAUCACCAUUAUCUGGACAUCGAAUUACACCAACCACCACUAUUACAUCAUCAACAUCAUCAAAUACAGUUGGUGAUCAUAAUCAAUUUGUACGAAUGUCACCAUCACGUUCUAGUCUUAAAUCUAAUGAUGAUAUACAUCAACGUCUUGGUAAAUAUGCAAAUCGAUUAGCCGAAUUAGAACAUCAACAGCAACGACAAAAUAAUCAACAUCAGUUAUUGAAUCGUAGUGAAUCACUUCGAUCUGGACGUGCUUCACGUUCAAGUAGAUUUGAUUCAUUACCACCGGUAGCAAUGCAAGCAGCAUUGCAUCAAUUACCUCCACAUCAUCCACAUCGUCGUAGUUCAUUAAAUCAUCCAACUGCUGCUGGUGGUGGUGGUGGUGAACGUCAUCAUAAUCAGAUUAUGAUUGGUCAUCAUCAACAACAGCAAAAACAAUUUCUAUUAACAUCAGCACCACAACCAACAAUACAAAGUCCAACGGAAAUGUUAUCGAAAAUAGCUGCAGAUCAACGUAAUGAGCUUGAAAUUAUAAUACAACGAUUACAAGAAGAAAAUCGAUUAUUGACGAAUGAAUAUAGCCAAUUGAAAGAUAAAGAUGAUGAUGAUGAUAAUUAUAAAAAUAAAUCAUCGAAUGAUCCAACAACAACAAAAAGAACAACUAUCAAGAAUGAAUCGAUAAAUAAUAAUAAUAAUACUAUGGAAACAAAAUCAAAAACAAUAAACAAUCAAAUUGAAUUGAAUGAUAAAUCCAUAAUGACCAAUGGUAGUGGUCGUCGUAGUGGUAAUAAUAAAACCGAUUUAACACCUUCACCGACGUCAUCAUCACAAGCAUCACCAAAUUCACCGGAUAAUAAUAAUACAACAACAAUAACCAUCGCGGAUAAUCAGCAACCACAAUCAACAUCAUUACCAUCAUUUUGGUUGGAUGAAGUACGACGAUUAAAAAAUGAUCGAAAUCAUCUUGAAACAAGAAAAUUUGAAUUGGAAAAAUGUAAUAAAUUAUUGGAAUUACAAUUGAAUCAAUUUAAAACUUAUAUCAACACCACUGGUACAUUGGAUGAACGUACGAAACAAAAAUUAGAGAAUCGUAUACAGGAAGCAGAAAAACUUCUCGAUGAACAGCAACAACAACAACAACAACAACAGCUGAGUGAUCAGAAUCGAGAUGAUUCAUCAUCGUCGAUAAAAAAAUUACCUAAAAAUCAAACAACAACAGCAGCAGACAUUUUAAAAUUUGAUGAUGACGAUGGCUAUGAUGAUGAGAAUAAAGAAUCGAAUAAAUCAAUAAAAAAUAGCCAAUUAUCGUCAACCACAUAUCAUCAGCCAUUAUUACAUACGGCAGCUGAUCGUAUAAAUAAUGCAAUGGAAUCAUUGGUAGAUGUAUUGAAUCAAAACGAUAAUAAUAAUGAUGAUGAUGAUAGAGAAUCAUCAACAAAUGGUCAUUUUAAAAAUGGUAAAACAACAACAACAUUAUCGAUGACAAAUGGUCAACAACAACAACAAUCAUCGGCAGCAGCAACAACAACGGUAGCUACUAACAAACAUUCAAGUCGUGUUUAAAAUUUAUCAAAAAAAUAAAAAAAAACUAACACAAGAAGAAAAUGUCACAUUCACAAUCAAUAUUACAACAUAUCUUCAAAAAUUAUCAUUGGAAAAAAAAAUUAUGCAUAUCGUGCCCUUAUCAAUCAAUCAAUUAUUGACCACACACACACACACAGCCACACCACCCACAUCCAAACACAAACACACACACACAAGUACGGAUUAAGUGAAUUGUGAACGGAUUAGAAUUAAGAACGAUCAUUUUUUUCUCUUCUUCUUCACCUCCUAAUAUUAGUGAUGUGAUUAUUUUACAUUUUAUUUAUUAUUCAUGAAUAUUUCAUAAUUGUGACCAUU